AUGUGCCGUCGAGUCUUCGAAUACUGGUAUCCGUGCAAGCACAAGCGCGUCUGUCACGUGGAUCCAUGUUCGCACGGCAGAAAAACAACGGGUCGCAACUACGCCGGCUGCUCCAAAGCGACCGCGGAACGCAAGGCGCUGCCCUCGGACGGCCCUUGUCCCGAGUGUAAAGACAAGGAGCAACAUCAAGCCAAGCUGGAGGAGCAACGCUCAGCAGAUAUGCAGAAGCAUCAGAGUAAUAAGGUGCAGGCCAAGGCAGCCGCACAGAAACUUGCUACUCUUCUGGAGGACACGGGCGUUGGGCCUGAGGAGGAAACCGUAGUCCUCGUAGAGAAGGAUGACCAGGGAUCCGGGGGCAAUGACUCCGAGAUGGAGGGUAGCCGGGUGAUAGUGCAGGAUUAA